AUGUCUUCCUCGUUAGAGAAGGAGAGCCCUGCUGUGAAUGGGGGCACCAGCCCGCCCCCCGUGCUCCGGGAAACGCUACAACUAGUUUCCCAGGAGUGCCCCUCACGCCUCUCCAUGUCUGAUAAGGAGGUUCGCGCCAAAUCACCGACGGUGGAUGUAUUUUUUGAUGCGAUUGCGGCGGAAAGGCUCCGGCGUAUGCCUCCAGAUGGUAGCCGUUUAGACGGCGCCCUCCGCCGUGCCUCUCGUUUAGCUUUUGCUGUCGCUUCAUUACGAGAUUCAGUCAAUGGGUUUAUGGAUGGAGCAGACGAGGCGGCCACAAUGAUCUGGGGGUCGACUCUGCUGCUUCUCGAGAUGGGUAUGGAUCACAUCGAAGCGCUGGAUACUAUUUUCGGACAAUAUGGCCGGGUCACCUUGGGUAUUUCUCUACUCCUCCAACAGGAGAAUCAUUUCCAACUUUCCCGGCAGCUCCAGGAGGAGGUGACCGAGAUUUAUGCCCAUCUGCUUCAAUUAAUCAUGCAUAUCACAAUGGACUACCGGCAAGCAGUGAGAAGUCAGAACUGGCAGGUUAUGGGGGAGGCCAUCAACGCCUCACUUUUCUGCUAUUUCAAUCGGUUUACGGCUCAUUGGCGGCGGCUGUCAGAAGCCGCUCAAGCCACGGGGGUCGGCGCCCAACAGCCUAGUAUCGACUUCGGGGCCAUCUAUCAAUUCCUCGAGCUGCAGGAUCGUCCCCUGCAAAUGCUAUUGGACAGCCAUAACCAUUCUCUGACGGACGGAUCAUUUGCAUGGUUCGACCCCCAUCUGACUACGUUCACAGUCGGCCGCCGGAACCUGAUGCUGAUCACUGGCCACCCGGGUUCUGGAAAGAGCGCACUGGCACAGUGGACGGUGGAAAAGCUACAGGUCUCGCCUGAAUUUGACAUCUGGAGCGUCAUUCCCGUGUCGAUCCGCUCCGACGUGCCGCUCACUACACUGAAUUUGAGCAUACUCAAAGGCAUCCUGAUCCAGAUGCUCGACCACUGCGUCAAUAGUCGCAAGACUCAGGAUGCGAUCCUUUUGGCGGUUAACAAGGCGCUACAUCUAGCUAUGACCGGCACAUCAGAUCCCCGAGUCGAGGACCAGCUGUGGAUCGCAAUGCGAGUAGCACUACAAUCAAACCUCCACUUCUUGAUAGUGGUGGACGGAAUCGAUCAGAUCAAGCAUUCCAAUACCACAGUGGGGUCUUUCCUCCAACGCCUGCAGGAUGCGGUCUCGGAGCGUAAUACGCCAUCGAAGCUGAUUGUAUUUAGCCGACCUUUGAGCAGUUCGCAGAUCCCAAUGCGCGACACGACGACUACCCAACAGCUCACCAUGAAUCCUUCAUUGACGCAAGAUGACCUCCAAGGCGCGGUGGAUGACAUGUUGGCGUCUGAUACCGCGUUCUCCGGUCUGGAUGGCCUUCAAAUGAAGGCCCUGUCCACGUCCAUCACUCCACGGUCUCAAGGGUGUUUCGUCUGGGCCCAGCUUGCCGUUGAACUUGCACGGCACCAAUCCUCCUUCCAAGAGAUGGUGUCAGUCAUCAAGGCGGCCCCCAAGACGCUGGGUGACCUGAUCGACCAACAUCUGCGCAACAUUAACCUCCACCGGAUAGGCACACAAAGCGUCCUGGCCUGGUUGACAGCCUCCGAACGGCCCUUCCGAGUUCAAGAAAUUGAGCAGCUGAUGGCGGUCGACGUAAAGUCCCUCAAGGUCGCCGCUCGCGCACCGAACAUAGAGCGGGAUAUCCUGCAGCCACUGAGCCGCCUUACCUCAGUACGAGAUGGAUUUGUCUCUUUCCGUCACCCUAUGAUCCGGGAGCACAUUCAAGCGCGUGCAAUGAUGGGCCAAGAGGUUCCGUAUACUCUGGCCGAGGCUCACUAUGACUUAUUGGUUCGUUCUCUGGCAUGGGUCCGGCAGUCGGUCUCCGAGGAAGUCCCCAUCUCUUGGGAUAAAUUGGGUGUCAGUGCGCGCGACGGUUACAUGGACGCCUACGUGCUGUUGGAAUACACCUCGCGGUACUGGCUGUCUCACAUGCUCUCCUCUCCCAUUGCCACGACCAACCGCGAGCUCUCUUUCACCGGUCCCUUCCGGCGGGCCAUGCCUUCGUCAGUACUUUUUGCGCAGCUGGAGCUGACCAACAGGGAAUCGCAGUUCAGCCGUUCCUGCAUCCUUGAGCUGUAUCGGCUGUCGGUUGUGGUCCGCCGGGCGGUCCUAGGCAAUGACUCGCACGCCCUGCUUCAAAGUCUGAUCCUCAGUGCUCGCGCAGCAGACCAAGCAAAAGCUCCUUGGGCGAACGACCAUCUAUAUGAGGCGUGGACGCGCAGUCGGGUCCGGCUCGGCCCAACGGAGACGAUCAGUCGCCGCCUGGAACAGCUGCUCGUCGCCACUCCAGAGGGACGAGGUAAGGCAGACAAGUCGGCAGGCCUGAAAACAGACGCUCUGCGGGACAUGACCCUGGCGAACUGGGGAUCAUCCGACAUCACUUUCGCGCAACGCCUGCAUUACCUUGAGCGUUUGGUGAAGUCUUACCGAGACAACAACCAGCGAGACAUCGCCUAUGGUAUCUCAAAAAAGUUCUACCAUCAAACUGUCAAGACAUAUGGAGCCCAUUCCCCUGAAGCUAUGCAGGCGAGCGAGUUCCUCACGCAGCAUUUCACUAUCGCCCCACCCGACGAGUUGGCUCUGGAGCUGGCCCGAACCAAGUAUGAGACCAUGUUGCGCUCGAUGGACGCCACGGAUCCUCGCCGGGUCUCGUAUGGCCACCACCUGGCCCAGAUGUAUGAAGAAAACAAGCAGUCCAUCAAGGCUGAAGGCGUUCUGUCUCAAAUGUGGACCGGGCUAUCCUCGCGUACUCCCGACAGCAGCAACGCGUGGGACCAGAGGACAAAGGUCGCCUUUUACUAUUCCCACUUCUUGCGUCGUCAAGGCCGUCCUGAUGAGGCCAAUGCGAUCCUCCGCGAGCUGUCAAGCGGUUUGGACGCCCAUGGCGGUGUAAAGUCACCCCAGAUGGUCCAACGUGCGGAGGAGCUCCGCGUGGAAGCUCGCGAUAUGGGUCUACAGGAUAUGGAUCGCGCCUUGGCGCUUCAGAUUUGGAAAUAUUACUAUGCCACAGGGCAACAGUACUCGCCAAAAGCGGUCACUCUCGCUGAGAGCCUCGCCAACGGGCUCAUUCCCGCCAGAGGCACAGCCGAGAACAUCGGUAUUCUUUCCCCAGAGGAGAGUGUCCUGCUUCCAGGCUUGAUUGAUUCAAUUUCCUCGGCCGGAAGGGCCCAACGAACGCUGCCACUUCUCGGAUUGUGCCACCAUCUGGUGAAGCAGCACAUCCGUGCAGAAGAAUGGCGCGAGGGCAGUGAGACCGCGUGGGCGGUAUUAAAGCAUGCAUGGCCGACAGUCGAGGAUCCCCAGUCGAAGUCGAAAUUCCAGUCUAAUGAGGCCCCUAUCAUGGCCAGUCUUGCACUGGACCAUGGGUACUGUCUGUUCCGGCGGCUGGAUGUGCAAACCGCGAGCGUGGUGUAUGGCAACGCCUUCAAGGCGUCCAUAACGGCAGACCAGGUUGCAGUUCCAUCUGUGAGCACUGUUGUAAAGACGGUGGUAGAAUUCUAUGAGACGACGUUCCAGUUCGAGAAAGCGCUUAUCCUGCUGCACCAGGUCAGCGACUUCUUUGCAUCACGACUUGGCGAGCACGACAAACACACCAUCGACACCCGCUACUACGAGGGAGAUCUGGCUUUGCGCCUAGACCGUCGCAAUGACGCCGAAGACAGUUAUCGUCAUAUUUAUAAAGCCUGUAUUCGCGAUGACAAAGUUUCUGCUUCCGGAGUGCGCGCCUCCAUUGCACUCAUCACGUUGUAUGAGGAACAGAAGAGGUGGGAUGCGGCGCUCGAAGUUUACCGCCAUAUGUGGCCGACACUGGUGCGGUUCGACGAGAGAGAUGGUUAUGACCGCGCCCUGCUGGAGGGCCUGCUACCCAAGACUUACAGGGGUUACAUGGCGCUCCUAGAGAACUCGGCGGUCCAAGGCACAGGUACGGAACGCUACCAGGUCGCGUCGCAGCAUCACCAACUCUGUCGCAAGCUCUAUGGCGCAACAAACACACGCACUCGCGAUGCCACCCUGACCUUAGCUGGCAUCUGUGCCGAUGACAGCCGCCAUACGGAAGCCCUUACCCUCUACCAACAGGUGCUGAACACCAACGACUGGGUAUCUUCAUCCGAGGCCUCGCGGGAGUUACCGGAUAUGUCGGAGCCUUUACCAAUCACCAUCAAGCACCAAAUGGCGCAGCUGUACAUCCGGAAGAAUGACACCUCAGCGGAUGCGUAUUCCUUAUACAAUGAGGAACUGACCUUGGCCAAACAGCAGCAGGGAUUGUCGGCUCCCAAUACGCUUCUGUGGCUGCAUGCGAUCGCCGACAUGCAUUUCAAGCAGGGUACCACCGAAUCGCGGCAGCAAGGUGCUGCUCUGCUCCAGGACCAUGUGAACGAGGUGGUACAUGUCACUGCCAACCACGACACUCUGGUCGACCGCGGGCACCGCCUGGCUGAGAUCUAUCUAGAGUGCGGCUAUAUCGACGAGGGCACCCAGCUAAUCAAUGAGCUGCAUCAGCAGGUGGUCCAUGACACUCCCGUGGUGCAGCGGCAAUCGCUUAACGAAUAUCGUCCUGCGGUCUUUGUGGCUGCCUUUGAAGAGAUGUUCGGCAAACGCCAGACGUCGCACGAGAUCCUGAGCGCAUUGUCCCGCGAAGGCCAGGUGUACAAUACCUUCCAGGAGAAUUUGGCUGGCCACGAUCUCGUGCCCACGUUGGCGGCUGGUGAGAAGCUGCAUCGUCUGCAGGUCGACCAGAAGCGCAGCAUAGCGGCUCAAAAUACCCACGAUAUGCUGUAUGAGUACUUCUGCAAUAGUCUAUCGGUAGCUCAACUCUUGCGGAAGAAGGAAUCGGUACAUCAGUUCUACGGCUUCUGCCGGCGAGAGUCGUUGCAUGAUGAUUACAACAUCAACAUUGUGACUUCUACCGCGGGCAUGGUCCGGGACCUCUGUAAUCGUUCGCGGUUCCAAGAUGCAGCCGACGUGACCAGCGUCUUUCAUUCCUUUGUCCACUUGACCGAAGGGCUGCGCACGCCGGAAAGUAUCUUCACAGCCAUCAAACUCUGCCUGUAUCUGAGCGGCCACCAGACCAAACGGUGUACCGACGAGGCCACCUCGACCAACAUGGCGCUGGAGUCGCAGAUGCUCUUGCAGGAGAUCAUGGCAAACGCCAAAGAGCUCCCUCUGGAGUUCUCGGAGUUACCGUUUGAGGAGCUGAACGAUCUGGUCACGGUUCUCGGCGAGCACGAAAUGUUCGAAGAUCUCGAGGUCAUUCUCACCGACCUCUGGACCUCCCGCAUUGUGCAAAAGACCUGGUCAUUGCCGGCAGUUGUCUGGAUUGGCCGGCGACUGGUCGAAACCCGGUUCUGCCGGGGUCAAGCGGCGCUGGCGACGCAGCUGGGCAAGGACAUCUGCUACAAUCUGCGACAAGUCUGGGGUAACUGCGACCCAGUCACGCUGGAUAUGACCAAACUGCUAUCAGGUCUGUACACAGCCUCGGGCAACCACCUAGCGGCGGCGGCCCUACACGAGACGGCACUGGCGGAGCUGCUCAACAGCGAUGAGAACCAGCCGCAAGCCGUAGAGGCGGUAACACAGCACCUGGAGCUACUGCAACAUGCGCAGGCCCGACUGGCCAAGGAAGGCCAGAGCGGCACGGUGGAUGCGGCAGCGGCGCAGGAGCGCGUGCAGCAGAUCGCGACCAAGUUUGGUCUGUCGACAUCGGAGUUGGAGGCGACGGAGACAGACGAGUCCCAUGGCAUGUGGCAGCGACCUCGACGGUUCAGUCUGGAUGUGGAGGAUCCGACAAUGCACCAUAAUCAUCUCCGUCAGUCCAGUGGGUCAGCGUUGCUGAAUGGUAAUGCGGGAGCGAAGCGAAUCUCCAUUAGUGCCUUGUGA